AUGACCGAGGAGCGGGUGAAGAACACGGCUUCUGUGGAGAGCAUGGACAGUUUGGUGAAGUCAUGCCAGAAGGAGAUAUUGGCGAUGAGAACAUACCAAUAUGACAUUGACGACUUGGUCGCCAACAGCAUGGCGUUCUUGGGCGGCGCCAUUCAGCUCACCAAGCGGAUUUCUGAGCCUCAAGUACGAGAUGCGAGCAUCAACGUGCUCGGCGUGCCCAGCGAUGACGCGCGAAUGUAUGCGAGAGAGAUUUCGGCUGCGCUCUCGCACGUCUUCAGGAAUUUCAGAAACGCCACAUACGGAUCGAAGUUGCACUCCGCAGUGCAGCAG